AUGGCGUGGCACCACCUGGAAAUCACCCGGCCGCACCUGGUCUACAUCAUCCUGGGCGGCUUCACCAGCCUGUUCAUGCUGUGUUCGUCCGUCAUCAAGGAAAGACUGUACAUUGGCGAAGCCACGGUAGCCACCCUCUGCGGUAUCAUCUUCGGUCCCCAUGCCGCCAACCUGAUCAAUCCGUUGGACUGGGGCAACACCGACCUCAUUACCCUGGAGUUUUCCCGCAUCGUCCUGGUCGUCCAAUGCUUCGCCGUCGGAGUCGAAUUGCCAAAGGCCUACAUGGAGCGCCACUGGCGCUCGCUGUUUGCCCUCCUCGUUCCGGUUAUGACAUUCGGCUGGCUCAUUACCAGUCUUUUUAUUUGGGCAUUGAUGGGACACAAGCUGAACUGGCUGGAUAGUUUGUGUUGCGCGGCUUGCGUCACGGCCACUGACCCUGUGCUUGCCUCGUCCGUCGUUGGUAAAGGCAAGUUCGCGAAGCGUGUGCCGAAGCACUUGCGUGACUUGCUCUCUGCCGAGUCUGGCUGCAACGAUGGCAUGGCCUUUCCCUUCAUUUACCUGGCCGUCUACGUCAUUCGCUACCACCACCACCCGGAGGAGGUCUCGUUGCAUUGGUUCUGCUACACCAUUCUUUACGAGUGUAUCUUCGGCGCUGUCUACGGUGUCGUCAUUGGCUAUAUCGCCAGGCGGCUGAUCCGUUACGCCCACGAACACGACCUCAUCGAUCGAGAGAGCUUCCUCGUGUUCUACUUUGUAUUGGCCCUAUUCUGCGCCGGUUCCGGAAGUAUGCUCGGCAUGGACGACUUGCUGAUCGGUUUCGCAUGCGGAGUUGGCUUCAGUAACGACGGAUGGUUCCUGGAAAAAACCGAAGAGGCCCAUGUUUCGAACGUUAUCGAUCUGCUCAUUAACUUGGCUUUCUUCGUCUACUUCGGCACUAUCAUUCCUUGGGAGACCUACAACGACGCCGCUCUGGGCAUCAGCCCGUGGAGACUGGUCGUCAUUGGUAUACUGGUCCUUCUUUUCCGCCGGAUUCCCAUUAUGGUCGCUAUGAAACCGCUGAUUCCAGACAUCAAAACGUGGCGCGAGGCUUUAUUCGCAGGUCACUUUGGACCUAUCGGCGUGGGCGCCAUUUUCGUCGCUAUUUUGGCUAGAGCUGAGAUGGAGCAUAUUGUAGAAGGAGGUUCGGAGCCCACAGACGAAUUCCCGUCUGCCGCGGAAAACGGCCAUCUCAACAUCAUUACGCUCAUCUGGCCCAUUACCACGUUUUUGGUUAUUUGCUCUAUUCUAGUUCAUGGAUCUUCGAUUGCCGUAUUUACGCUCGGAAAGCAUAUCAACACGCUCACUCUCACCCUGUCUUACACGCAGGCGAACGAAGAGGGUCCUUCAUGGAUGGACAGACUUCCGCGCAUCCAGUCGCGCUCCAAGAGCUCUAUGUCUCUGCGCCGGCCAGACGAGACGGAUUCUUCUUACGACGAAAAGGGAGAGUUUGCGCCAGGCACUCUUGGGCCUCUCGGUAUUCCUGGUAACUUUUUGCGCCGCCAAAAGGAUGAUGACACUCACAGUCGCUCCUCAAGUCUUCGACCUCGCAACCGCAAGAAGUGGGAGGGAGUGGGCCCUGGAGGACCGAUUAGUCAAUCUGCCAUUGCUCCUCAACGUCGUCGCGAACACGAUCCGGCCGAUCUUCCAGACCAAGCGAAGACUGACUCGGAGGCGACCGCGCUCAACAGCGAUGAAUCUCCGGAAGAGAUCGAAAAGGAGGGAAGGUCCCAGUCUCCAGAAGAGGAGAUUUACCAGGAAGGCUCUCACACGAUUUUCGAGGAUGAAGAAGGAAAUGUUCUUGAGGUGCAUGACAGCAAGGGCCAAAGCCCCGAACAACGUGCCAAAUACGCCAAGGAAGAAGGCCGUAGGCUUAUGCGAGAGAGGGACAUUCAGGGUGGCGUUGCACAGACAGAAGACGACCACAAGGUCGACGAAGGUGCCAAGAUUGGCCACGAAAUCAAGGACGGCGUCGAGCAUCCCCAACGUCAUUGGCGCGACAUGCGGCACCGUCUACAGCGCCGCCAUACCGAAGGCACACCACCUGUCCCUAACGAGAAGGAGAAGAAGAAACCGAAGCGCGGUCCAGCUCUGGCGUACCAAUUUGGUAACACCAUCAUUGUCGAGGAUGAGGAUGGUGAAGUCAUCAAAAAGUACGACAUUCCGGGACAGCAGAAGAAGCAACAGCAACAACUAGAAGGAAAGGAAGUCCCUGCUGGCGAAGCCGGCAAGACACGCCAACGCUUGCACCGCAUGGGCACGCUUCUCGGCAUGUCCCACGAAGAUGCAAAGGCAGCGUCUCAAGGCCAGGUGGCGGACAACGGUGAGGGUCCCAGCGGUACCAAGAAGGCUGCCAAGGCGGCCGAGCGUGAAGAGAAGAAGAAGAAGAGGAUAAAGGAGGAGGAAAGUGAUGACGAGCACAUCCGAUUCACGGUCAAUGCGGGUGGUCAACGCAUGAGCAAGGCCGAGUUCAUCGCUCAGAUCCAGAAGAUGGACCCCAAAGCGCGCGCCAAGAUGGUGGAGAACAGCAACGUACCCGACAGCGUCAAGAAGGAGGCACGCGCGGAUGCGCGCGAGGCCACGGGCUCGUCGAAACAACCAGAGCAGCGCCAGACCAAGGCCAAGGAUGGAGAGGAGCAAGGCCAAGCGGUCGUCCGGAGCGUUGGAUCGGAUGAGCGGGAACGUCGCCCCACGGGCCCCGACGGCCUCAUGCUCAUUGACAGUGACGACGAGGAAAUCCCCUUCCACAACAUUCACGACGACCUCGAGGCCCACGAGACAGGCGCGGCCCAGCGCCGGCGGCGCCUAGCCGAGAAGUCGCAGUCACAGUCGCAAUCGCAGUCGACGACGCCAACGCGCGGCGGCAGCCCCUCGCGCCGACCGGUUGCCGCGGCCGGACGCACCGAGAAGGGCGACAAGCUGCGGGCGCCAGCGACGCAUUUGGCGGAAGGCGAGACGGCGGCGGAGAGGCGGCGUCGUGAAGGCGCGCUGGGGCUGGGGUCGGGCGCGCACGACUCGGAGAGCGAGUCCGAGGAGGAGGAUGUGGGCAAGGGAAUCCGCAAACCGCCGGCCGAGACGAAGCGCGGGCGCGAGAAGCUGGAGCAGCGCGACAGCGCGGAGCGCGAGCGCAGGGACUUGCAGCUGAAGCAGGCGCAGGCGGCGAGUGAAGAGAAGGAGAUGAAGGAUGUGGCUGCCUCCGCUGCUGCUGCUGGUGAUGAAGUUGAUGACGAUGGGCACGACGAGCAUGAGAACGAGAACGAGAACGAGAACGACGAGCACGACGAGGGCCGCAGCCGUACCCCCGGCAUUAGGUUCGCGGAGCCGGCGCGCCCGCCGCCGGCUGCGGGCCAGGAGGAGAGCCAUCAUCACCGGCGGAGGUCGAGCGGGCUGAGGUGGGGGAGGGAUGUUGGGCGGGGAAGGAAGUAA